AUGGUGCGAAACACGCCUACCAAAAAGUCAUACCUUGAGCUCGCAAAUGUACUAAUCCUCUUGUCAACAUUUGCGGGCGCAGUGACACUAUCGACGCAGUUUGCCUUGCCCGAAGCUUGCAACGCGAGCCGUGUCCGCGCCCUCGUCGCCUUUGCCUCGCAAUUCUUUCUCAUGUGUCCCAUCGCCGCCUCCUCCAUCUACGUCGCGCUACACAACAGGCCGGACGGACAAGUUGUUGAAACGGGCAAGCACGCCUUCAUACAGAUCCAGUUCGGUUUGAUUGGGGUCAUGAUUAUUGCCGGAUUUCUCCUGCUCAAUAUUGCGCUUCACUUUGCCGGCGGCCGCUAUCUCGGCUUCGCGGGAUUGGGCCUGAGUGCUGUUUUCAUUCUGGCGACAGCCGCGUACAGCAUCGAGGAUCACCUGUCACAACCCAAGCCUGAAACGGAGGCAAGACUGAAUGGCGAUACGCCACCUCGUCCGAAGGUGUCGAUGAGCCAGUAUCUAGGAAUGGGGAGAACCGUUGAGCAGACACCUUUGCGCAGGAUUAGUGUAUUUUUCAGAUGGUGGAUCGUCGUGCUGGUAGCGAUGGAGGUUGUUGGUUUCAUGCUUCUUCUUGGUUUAGGUAUCACUGAGACGGUCCUUGCAGAUUCGACAGCCUGCCAGUUGCUCUAG